AUGAAAGUUGUUUUGCAGGUUUUACUGUACCUUAACGUUUGCGAAUCACCUCAGGAGGCGUGGAUUGAUAAGAUGAGCAGACAAAGGGAGAUAACAAGGGGCUGCUGCGCUCCUGCCCCUUCUUCUACUUCUUCUGCUGCUGCUGCUGCUGCUGCUGCUGCUGCUGCUGCUCCUCCUCCUCCUCCUCCGCCUCCUCCUCCUCCUCCUCCUCCUCCUCCUCCUCCUCCUCCUCCUCCUCCUCCUCCUCCUCCUCCUCUUCCCUCCUCCUCCCUCUCCCUCCCCCUUCCCCCUCCCCCCCUCCCCUUCCCCCUCCCCUUCCCCCUCCCCCAUCCCCCCCCCCCCCUCCCACUCCCCUUCCCCCACUCCCCCCUCCCCCUUCCACUCCUCUUCCCCCUCCCACUCCCCUCCCCCCCCCCUCCCUCCUCCUCCGCCUCCUCCGUCGCCGCCUCCUCCUCGCUCUCCCUCUCCCUCCUCCCCCUCCCCCCCCCUCCCCCUCCCCCUCCCCUUCCCCCUCCCCUUCCCCCUCCCCAUCCCCCCCCCUUCCCACUCCCCUUCCACUCCCCCCCUCCCCCUCCACUCCUCUUCCCCCCCCCCCCCUCCCCCCCCCCUCCCCCGCCCCCUCCCCCCCCCUCCCCUCCCCUCCUCCCCCUCCCCCUCCCCUCCCCCUCCCCCCUCCCCCUCCCCCUCCCUCUCCAACUCUCCUCCAAAUCCCCUCGAAUUCCCCUCCCCCUUCCCCUCCAAGCUUGGUAG